GGUGCAGGGGGAGGUGUUCUCAGAGGAGCAGGAGUGUGGACCCCUCAGCAGUCUGAGGAAAAACAAGCCGCUCGCUGCUCGGGUCAACCUGCCAGGACUGACGCCAACGUCCCACUGAACUCCAGCUGCCGGACCUUGUCCUUCCCACCUGCUGCACAUCCUCUUCAUCAGAACUGUCUCCAGGUGGUUCUCACAUGGUGCCGAGCCGGGCAGGUUUGAGCUGAGCUGAGGAGACGGUGUAAAAUGUGACCAUCCCUGUUUGGAUCUGUCAGACCGAAGAUUUUUUUUAUUAUUAUUUCACAGCAUCAAACCAGGAUGUUUUUAAAGGUUCCCUUUGUUUUCCUUUGUCUCUGUCUGAAUCUGCAUGAAGCCUCAUCCAAAGACUAUGAGGCCCACCUGAGCAGAACUUUUCUUUUCCAGGCUGAAGAUGACAGAUUACCAUGUGAAGUGCACGGUGGUGUCCCGCUACGCUGUGACCACAGUCCAGAGUUCAGUCUGGAACCAACUCCCCAUCACUAAAGAGGCAGCCUUUGAAGUGGACCUGCCCUCCUCUGCUUUCAUCUCCAACUUUACCAUCACCUCCAGCAGGAAGGAGUACGUGGCCCAGGUGAAGGAAAGAGCUGCAGCCAGGAGAAUUUAUGACGCUGCCAAGAAGCAAGGAAAAACAGCUGGACUCGUCGCGACAAAAGAGAGGGAGACUGAGAAGUUCCGUGUGGCGGUGAGCGUACCUUCAGGAGCUCAGGUGUCCUUCCUGCUGUCGUACGAGGAGCUGCUGCCUCGCCGACUCGGCCGCUACGAGCUCAGUUUGGGUUUGAGGCCCGGGCAGCUGGUCCAGAACCUCACCCUGGAUGUUAGUAUUCAUGAGAGGACAGGCCUUAGUUUUAUCAAUGUCCUUCCUCUGAAGACGAGCCGCCUGCUCUCAAACACAGCUCCAGGUGGUGCGAGCCCCCCUGCCUCCACUCGUGUUGAGCAGAGCACCAGCUGUGCCAGAGUUUCUUACAGUCCCACUCUACAGCAGCAAAGCAGCGUAUCUUCUAAAGGUCUAAAUGCAGAUUUUAUCAUCCAGUAUGAUGUGGACCUCAGGGACCUUAUGGGUGAUGUCCAGGUGUAUGAUGGCUACUUUGUUCAUUAUUUUGCACCCAGAGGACUUCCUGUGGUUCCAAAGGAUGUUAUAUUUGUCAUUGACAUCAGUGGCUCCAUGAUAGGCACUAAAAUCAAGCAGACCAAGCAGGCCAUGAACACCAUCCUGGGAGACCUGAGAGAAGGAGACCACUUCAACAUCAUCACCUUCUCAGAUAAGGUUCACACCUGGAAGAGAGGCCGAACGGUGCGAGCCACUCGCCACAACGUACAAGAAGCCAAAGAGUUUGUGAGGAGGAUGAUUGCAGAAGGAUGGACCAAUAUUAAUGCAGCUCUGCUGUCUGCUGCUCAGCUCAUCAACCCUUCAUCCUCUGGAUCCUCCAGCCACGUUGCUCCCCGUCGAGUUCCUCUCAUAAUUUUUCUCACAGAUGGGGAAGCAACCACCGGAGAAACAUCUGGUGACACAAUCCUCCAUAAUGCCAAGAAGGCAUUAGGCUCAGCCUCUCUCUUCGGCCUGGCCUUUGGUGACGACGCAGAUUUUCUCCUUCUGAAGCGUCUGGCUUUGGAGAACCGAGGUGUAGCCAGGUUGGUGUACGAAGAUGCAGACGCAGCUUUGCAGCUAAAAGGCUUCUACGAUGAAGUGGCCAGCCCUCUGCUGUCAGACGUCCAGCUGACUUACCUGGAUGAUCAGGCCUUUGAUGUCACCCACUCUUUGUUUCCAAACUACUUCCAAGGAUCUGAGCUGGUUGUAGCAGGGAGGGUCAAACCUGGGAUCGGAGACUUUAAGGUGUCGUUAUCAGCUGUAGAUUCAAAACAGCACAUAAAGUUGGAGAAUGGUGUUCCUAUUUCCUGUUCAACAGAAAACCGAGCUGCAAGCUCUGUGGAUUGUUUGGAGGGAUUAGAAGGGAUGUCUACCUUUGUGCAUCGUCUUUGGGCGUACUUCACCAUCAAAGAGCUGCUCCUCGCCAAACUGAAUGAAACUGACCCUGCAACUCUAAAGCUACUGACUGACAAAGCAACCAAUCUUUCCCUCAAAUAUAACUUUGUAACCCCAGUCACCUCUUUAGUUGUUGUGAAGCCUGAUGCAGAUGAAGCAGCUCACACUCCAACGACAACAAUACCCAUGACUUCUGGCACUUCAGCCACAGCAGCAACCAUGGCUCCCACCAAGUUAUCAGCUGAAAGUGUUGCAAAGAAGCCUGCUUUGACCUCGAACCGCAGUGCUAACAAAUACAAACCCAACCCUCCUCGCCCACCCACAAACACCCUGAACAGAAAAAAGAACUCUUUGCCAACGUCUGGAUCAAAUAUAGUGUCAUCCAGGAAAGUAAACGCAACUUCAAGCCCCGCCCACAUCAGAACUCCCCCAGCAUCAUUUUCUGGGAAAAAGCCGAUUGAUUCUCCAAAUGCUGUCAUUCCUCCUUCAUCUGGAAAGAUACCCUCAGCUUGGCCUAAUAUUCUAAGAAUAGCACAACCUCCUUCACCUGGAAGAGUUUCCAGUUUGACACCAAAUGCCACCCUCUCAACAACUAUAAGUAUGCUAACAUUUAGUACCAGCGCCUCACCAGCACGCAGCUCCAGUACUGACUCUGGAGUCCCAUAUGGAGAAACAUCCACCAAACAUGUCAGUCCUGUGAGGACAACUCCCCCUGCUAUCUCAGGGACAGAGACCACCACCUCAGCCCCAGAUCUUCAUCAACCCAGGAGUGUUCCACACAAGCUGUCUGCUCUCACUUCUCUCCUCCCAGCUGCAGCUCCAGCUGUGACAAACAACACCACUAACUCAGACCCUGACCUGAGCAUUGCCACCUUGCUGUCAGGUACCUUUGUUCCUAUGCCUGGUGUAACUGCUGAGACGGGCUUUUGGGAAGCAGCAGGGGUCCAGGGUGAGUUACACACCAUCCUGUUUGUGGUGCAGUGGAUCCACCUCACACCUUAGUCAGUUUGGACACGUGUGUCAAUUUCCUGUCCUCUUAACAAGAUGGAUGGAUGGAUGGAUG